AUGAACUCAUAAAAUGACCAAGAAAGGCAAGGUUAAGAUGAAUAAGGAUUAGGAGAAGUAUUUGUACCAGCUUAGGUUGUAAAAAAUUUUAAUUAAAUGGUAUCUGAACCUCAUCCAGUAUAAUAUUUAUAUAUUAUAGCUACAGUUACCAUCUGAUAGAUCUAUAAAACCUCCUACAGAAAAUAAUGGUCAAAAUUAAGCACCUUUAGUAAAUAUUAUGAUUUAUUUAGUUAACUGAUAAAUAACAUGCUUAACCUUUAAUUAAGAAGCCUGGUCCAGCUCCUGAAGAAAUAAAAAAAUAGUCUAAAAAUAUGCUAGGGUCUGUUCAUAAUAGUUAAGAGGAUAUUUCAAUUAAGAGUCAAGGAGGAACGAAACCUUCUCAAUAAUGUAUUUAUGCGAUUUAUUAUAUUAGAAUCACAAUAGAAACGCAUAAAAAGAAUGAACAGUAGGGUUAAGAUUCGGCAUUCUCAAUUAAAACAAUAAUCAGAUUUAUCUAAAACUAUAUUGAAGAUCACAGAAAGCACAAUAUUUUCAAUAAUUAUGGCAAUUGUUACUAUAUAUGCUUUAUUUGGUGAUGAUAUUAGAAUACUAUCAGUAGAUAAGUAAGGAGAUGAUGUAUUCUUUGUUCUAACUGUGAUAUGCAUGGUUGCAUUUAUAGUAGAAAUUACACUUACUAGUCUUGCAAAACCAGAAUAUAUAUUCAAUGUAAAUUAAAUCAAUAAUUUAGUUUUAUUUUAUAUUAGAUGUUAUUUCAACAAUAACAAUGAUAUUAGAUUUAGGUUGGAUAACAGAUACAUGGUAUUCUGGAGAUUUAACAAGUGCAGCUUAAAUUAAAUCAAUUGGAACAGCAUCUAGAGCUGCAAGAAAAGCAGCAAGAGUUAUUAGAGUUAUCAGACUUGUAAGAUUAGUCAAACUAUAUAAACAUGCACGAUAGUAAAUGGAAAGAGAAUAGUAAAAAAAAUUACUUUAAGAAUUGUUAAGAUAAGCAUAAUAAAGUAAAAGUUCAGAUUAAUAAUAAUAACAAUAAUAAUAGAAAUUAUAAUAACAAUAAUAAUAAUAAUAAUAAUAACAAUAAUAAUAAUAAUAAUAAUAAUAAUAAUAAUAACAAUAAUAAUAAUAAAAUUUAUCUAUAAAUUAAAUUAUACCAUAAAAUGAUGAAUCAAGAAAUUCAUAAAAUGAAAUGGAAGCUGCUAAGACACCUGAUAGAAGCUAAAGUUCUCAAUUAAAAACAUCUUAAUAAUCAUCUUAAGCAGAAAAUUAAAUAAAAGAAUCAAUAGUUGGAGCAUAAUUAUCAGAUUUAGUAAUGAGAAGAGUUAUUACAAUAAUUUUAGCUAUUUUAAUAAGUAUUCCUAUUCUUUCCUUAGAUACUUAUUAAGAGACAAUUAGUAGCUAUGAUUCAGGAAUUUAUAGAAUUUAUUAAUUUAAAGAUAAACCUGAUAUAAUGAAAUCUCUAUUAUAUUAAUAUGCUUAAUUUCAUAUUGGUGAACUCUAUCCAAUUUAUAGUGUUGAUGUUAAUUUAAAAGGAGAUGGUAAUACAAAUCUAGAUGAAUGGAAUUAUUAGACGAAUCCAGAUAUUUUUGAGGUUCCUUCUUAUGAAACAAAGGAAUAGUAUAGAUUUUCAGAUUUAUAAUAUUAUGUAAAAUCAGAUGGAUCAAAUUUAUAAUCUUAUGCCACAGCUGAUUUAGUUGUCUAUAAUCAAACAAAUGCAAUAUUAUCAAUAUUUUAAACAAUAUUUGUAUGCAUAGUUUUAGCAGUUUCAGCUUUAAUGUUUAAUAAAGAUGUAUCAGAUUUAGUUAUUGAUCCUAUAGAAGGAAUGAUGUAGAAGAUAGAAAUGAUAGCUGCAAAUCCACUUGAAGCAGUAAAUAUUGAAGAAUAGGAAGAUUUAAUUAUGGAGGAGUUAGAAAAAUGUUAAAAUGUGGAAAAAAUAAAAUAGAAAGAAUUGGAAAAACAGAUGGAGACAUAUGUUUUAUAAAGAUUAAUAAUGAAAGUAGGUGCAUUAUUAGCAGUAGGAUUUGGAGAAGCAGGUUCUGAGAUUAUAGCUGAAAAUAUAAAAAAGGGAGGUAGUGUAGAUCCUAUGAUUCCAGGAAAGAAAAUAUUGGCAAUAUUUGGAUUUUGUGAUAUUAGAAAUUUUACUGAUGUACAUAUAUAUAUGUUAAAAUAAAUAGGCUACUGAAGUAUUAUAAUAAGGAGUGAUGGUCUUUGUUAAUGAGAUAGCUGAAAUUGUACAUUCAACUGUUGAUUCUAUGAGUGGAUCAGCAAAUAAAAAUAUAGGUGAUGCUUUUCUUUUAGUUUGGAAAUACUCUCCUAAUGAUUAUCAUCCAGAUCCUGAUAAUCCUAAAAAUUUAAAAUUGAAAAAUGAAAGAUACAUAAAAUAAAAAGGAGAUAUGGCAGUAAUGGCAUUUCUAAAAAUUAUAACUGCAAUUUCUAUUUCUAAAAAGCUUGAAAAAUAUAAGAAACAUGAAGGUUUAAAUGCUAGAAUGAAAGAUUAUUCUGUAAAGAUGGGUUUUGGUUUACAUAUGGGUUGGGGAAUAGAAGGAGCUAUAGGUUCUGGAUUUAAAAUAGAUGCUUCAUAUCUUAGUCCUAAUGUUAAUAUGGCAUCAAGAUUAGAAGCAGCAACAAAACAAUUUGGAGCACUUAUUCUUGUUAGUGGUAUUUUAAAAUAGUAUUUGACUGAUGAAUGUUAAAAAUAAAUGAGAAUGAUUGAUAUAGUUACUGUUAAAGGAAGUAUUGUUCCUUUAGGUAUUAAUUUAUUAUAUUUUAAGAACUCCAUACUGUAGAUAUGUCAAUCAAAAAUUUAUAAGCUAAAAUUAAAACUCUUAGAGAUAAAUUUGAUAUAUCUACAAUGACUUAGAAAGAAUCAAAAAAAUUUAGAGUUUUAAAUAGAUUUAAAAGAGAUCAAUAAAUGAAAUAAGUUAUGAAUAAUUAGACUAAUAUUACAGAUCUUUUUGAAAAAGAUGAUGAAUUGGCAGCUGCUAGAGAACCAUAUACUUAAGUAAUUUAUUAUUAUUUAUUAUAGUAAUUUUAUGAAACUUGGAAAUAAGGAUUUGAUUAAUACAUUAAAGGAAAUUGGGGAGAUGCAUAAUCCAUAUUCUCAAAAACAUUAGUAUUAAAUUUUAAUUUAUUUUUUAGACUAUGAUUCCAGAACAUAAGGAUGGACCAUCAAAUACCCUUUUAGAAGUUAUUAGUACUAGUGGAGGAAAAGCUCCAAAAGAUUGGAAGGGUUUUAGAGAGCUUACAGAAAAAUGA